GCGCGCAGCGCAGCAUCUCGCCUGUGAAUGCAGUGGGGUUCGUGUGUUUUGCUUGUGGAAUGUGGGAGUUGUCCCCACGCGCUUUACGAACAACCGACCUGUCCAAACAGUGCACGCGUGGCAAAGGAUGUCACACCAACCAAAACAGCGGACGCACGCUCACAGCACAGUAUUUGAUCCGUUAUUGGAGGAAAAUCCGCCGUACAGGGUAGAGUUGGGGCGGUGCGUAAUUACACGGAGUCCCAUCUAUUUAGGGUCAAGUACAACAUUUUUACAGUCCUAACCAGCGUGGGUUCAAAGUUUGUUUUGUGCCCGGAAACUGCGAAUCACCCACAGGGCGCGGAGGAAGUGUUUUCAGAGUCGAAUGAUAUUCUUCGGUCGUAUUAUUUUGUCUUUCGUUAAUCCACAGACUCGCGAUUAAAUCUGCACGGGAUGGAUUGCAAAACUGCAAUAGCCAGCGUGAUUCGUUAGCAUCUCGUCGACUAGCUCCUCCAGAGGCUCGACCGCGAGGACGGGGCUGCGGUGCGACUGGACGCGGAGCGAGGCGACCCUCUGCGGGCUGCGCUGCCGAGGCGGUGGGCGUGUUUUCUCGGCGUGCUAGCAUGUGAGCUGGCGCCAAGUUCUCGGCGUGAAGAAAACAAGAUUUACAAGUUACUGGCUAGAGCGAAGCAGCAAAAGUCACAUCUCUCUUGAUCGGAAAAGUUGCACGCAGUCUGUGUGAUUUUCUUUUCUUCAGUGGAACAUGCAAGAAGAUAUUCUGAAGAAUUUUGGUAUCCAAGGAGUUUCGGUUAGCAUUGAUUACCAUGUGAUGGAGUCAGCCGUUAGUACAUCCACUCAAGUGCCAGACGAGUUUGACCGUAAUGUUCCACGGAUCUGUGGUGUGUGUGGAGACAAAGCCACUGGCUUUCACUUUAAUGCGAUGACCUGCGAGGGCUGCAAAGGCUUUUUCAGGCGCAGUAUGAAGCGGAAGGCCAGUUUUACCUGUCCUUUUAAUGGAAGCUGCACCAUCACUAAAGAUAACCGUCGCCACUGCCAGGCCUGCAGACUCAAGCGUUGCCUGGAUAUUGGCAUGAUGAAAGAGUUUAUACUGACAGAUGAGGAAGUUCAGAGGAAAAAGGAGCUGAUCCAGAGGAGGAAGGAUGAGGAGGCGCAGAGGGAGGCGCAGAAGCCCCGGCUUUCAGAGGAGCAGCGCAGCAUCAUUGAUUCGCUCGUGGAUGCACAUCACAAAACCUAUGACGAUUCCUACUCCGACUUCUCACGCUUCAGACCUCCAGUUCGAGAGGGUCCAGUUACACGCAGUGCCAGCCGAGCCGCGUCUCUUCAUUCACUAUCAGAUGCUUCCUCAGACUCCUUCAGCCAUUCUCCAGAGUCUGGAGAUCGUAAGAUGAAUCUGAGCAGUCUGUUGAUGAUGUAUCAGGAGCAGGGUUUGAGCUCCAGUCCAGACUCAAAGGAGGAUGAGGGCACCAGUCUGUCCAUGCUUCCUCACCUGGCUGACCUGGUUUCCUACAGCAUUCAGAAGGUCAUCGGCUUUGCCAAGAUAAUUCCUGGAUUCAGAGAGCUGACAGCUGAAGAUCAGAUUGCUUUGCUCAAGUCCAGUGCUAUAGAAGUGAUCAUGCUCCGGUCCAACCAGUCUUUCAGUCUGGAGGACAUGAGCUGGAGCUGUGGAGGACCCGAGUUUAAAUACUGCGUCAAUGAUGUCACGAAAGCUGGACACACUCUGGAGCUGUUGGAGCCGCUGGUGAAGUUUCAGGUGGGCUUGAAAAAGCUCAACCUACAUGAGGAGGAACAUGUGCUGCUGAUGGCCAUUUGCCUGCUGUCUCCAGACCGUCCCGGGGUGCAGGACCACGAGCGUGUGGAAGCAUUACAGGACAGAAUAUCUGAGAUUCUGCAGGCGUACAUCCGUGCGCAUCACCCGGGGGGGCGUCUGCUCUAUGCUAAGAUGAUCCAGAAGCUGGCGGACCUCCGCAGCCUGAAUGAAGAGCACUCCAAACAGUACCGCUCCCUCUCUUUCCAGCCCGAACACAGCAUGCAGCUGACCCCUCUGGUGCUGGAGGUGUUCGGCGGACAGGUCACUUAGCAACUUCACCCGAAUUGGAACGAUACGUGCGGGUCAAACGACGUGACCCGGAGGGUUGUGGAGUGAAUGUACGGACAAUCACCUUAAACACAUACAGUUUCCAGGACAGUGUGUGUGUGUGUGUGUGUGUGUGUAUCCCUCAUCAUUUACAGCUCGGAUAGGGAGUGCCAUAGAUGUUUCUGUUUGUUUGUUGUAUUCACAUGAGAAUGUAAUAUGGUCUUGGUGUUUUUCACUGUGGCAACGCGAUACAGUAUAUUUUACUGUGCUAUCAAUAGCCAACAGUAUUACACUGCAUGUGUAGGA